AUGCCUCACUAUACUUCAGACUUCAAUUCCUACUAUUUAACAGAUUGCGAGCAACGACAACAGAAAAUGCGCAAAUCUUUUCUUGGUUCUGUUAAGGACAAGCUGACCCGCAAGUCAAGCUCGUCCAUUCAGAAGAACAUGCCCGCUACCAACAACCCGUUUACCGCCGCCCAAUUGGCCAACAUCACUAACCAGCAGAUAGCACCUGAUCAGCCGCCCCCAGCCUACUCACUGACUGCAACUGCCUCACCUGAGUCCAGCUUCCUCACCCCCAAUGGCGGCCCGGUUAGAAGCCUGUCUCCAGUCCCCUCCAUCGCGAGCUCUAUCGUAUCGCUCUCAGGAAUGAGUGUCUCAACUCCUGAAGACCCAUACGCCUUUUUGUCCUCAUUCGACACCAUCUUCGUCAUCGACGAUUCAGGCUCCAUGUCUGGCCGUUCGUGGCCCGAGGUUCAGGGAGUUCUCCGCGCUAUCACACCCAUCUGCACCGCCCAUGACCCUGAUGGCAUCGACCUUUACUUUCUCAACCAUAAGACGUCUGCCAGGGGUGAUCCCAGGGAGGGCAAGGCCCCUGGGGGCUUUUAUGGCAUCAAGCGCGCCGACACGGUCGAGGGUAUCUUCAGUUCUGUUCGUCCUCGUGGCGCUACUCCUACUGGCCAACGUCUACACAACAUAUUUAAGCCAUACUUACAGCUACUUGAUAGCAAGAAAGAUGACAUGGAUAGUGUUAGGCCUAUCAACAUCAUUGUCAUCACUGAUGGUGCCCCCUCCGAUGACGUCGAAUCUACUAUCAUCUCCACGGCGAAGAAGCUUGACAAACUCGACGCUCCUUUGCACCAGAUUGGUGUCCAAUUCUUCCAGGUUGGCAACGAGCCCGGCGCUCGUGAGGCUCUACGGGAACUCGAUGACGAUCUCGUGGAUAGAGUUGACGGCGAUCUUCGUGAUAUGGUCGAUACCGUCACUUGGGAGAAUAACACUAGGGGUAUACUGACGGCAGAUAGCAUCUUGAAGGUCGUUCUUGGUGCGGUGGUCAGACGGCUAGACCGUCGCCGUACUAGUGGCGAGGGUCGUCGCUAA